AUGGAUGACCUUCUCUCGGUCGCAUUGAGUGAAGCGGGUCUUGAAGAGUUCCUCACAGCUGCACCGCCAACAUCAGAGUCUCCGGCCACUUCCACACAUGAGACUUCAACCGGUACUGAAGUUGCACCCUCUCCUUCGACGUCCUCGUUCAGUGUGGAAGCAACCCCAACCACCUCCACACUUCCUUCCACGAACAAGUCCAGAGAACAGAAUGAAGUCACCCCACCUGCGGAGGAUCUUCCUGGUGCCAGCACCUCUUCUGACAAUCACGUUGAAAUGUCGCUGCCUUCAACUUCGACUGUUUCACCUGUCGCUGAGCGUACAGGCAUCGGUGUGGUGAGGAAUUCCUCGGCUAACGUUGCCCCCAGACUAGCCACUGUUCCUCUAAAACCAGGAUCCUCUCCGAGCGCCCAGAAGCAAAUCAGGCAGGUGUACACUGCAAGUCCAACAGGAGGGCAAUUAUUUCGUCAGGUAGUGCAUACGCCUGAUGGACCCAGAACACAGCUACUGCGUCCAUUCAUUAACGAGCAUGGUCAGACUGUGUACCGUGCAGUGCGCACGAUUUCUACCACUAGAGCAGCAGAUGGAAGGAAUAGGUCCCUCGUUGUUAGGAAUGUUAAUGGAAGUCCCGGAAUUGUCAGUAACUACGAACAUCAGAACUCCUCCACGGACCCGGUGAAAGAGCCUCAACGUAUUGUGGUUAUUCGUCAAAACACUCCAUCAGGUCCAGUUUUGAUACGAAAGCCGAUUCCAGCUGGUAUGCCUAUAGCGCAAGCUUUAAGUGCGGCCACAAAUGGCGGACUGGUUCGAAAGUUUGUGCCUCGUGGAACUAGAUUACCAGGGACCAAGCAACGGAACUCGCGAAGUAUUAUCCCGCGGGCGCAUCAAUCGUCGGCGUCCAGAAGUGCAGUUCGCAAGUUCAGGCAGCAAUACUACGGACUAGAAAGCUCUUGCCGCCUGGUGCGUCAGUUCCAUAGCAGGCACGCAGAGGGCGCAUCUCGUGGGAGGGAAGCGUUGAACGAAGGGAAGGAAUUCGCGGAGUUUCUGUUUCGCGGAGGUUUCUUUUCGAUUUCUCGAAUGACCGGAGUGGAAUGUGCACAUUUUUGCCUUUCAGGGUAUUCUGUUCGACCUGCUGCAGCUUACUCAACAUCACGUUCUAACGCUUCGUCUUGGAGUGGGAAUAAAACUGGUGCUCCAUCGUACGUGGAGUUCUCAGAACCUGGUGGAAAUACAUCUGGACAGCCGAAUUUUCGCGAACCUGAUGCGGUAUUUGAACACCACAAUGCUUCUUCACAGAAACUUACACAACAGUACUCUACUUCAUCUCGUCCAGCAGGCGUAAGACCUGGGGAAGUUGUGCGUCGGCCUCAUCCUGCCUUGGUCCACUCAUCUUCUGCAACUCUACAGCAACACAAAGCAACAAGAGGAGUGCCAGUAGUGGGUGCCGCUGUGGCAUCCUCUGUUGGUGCUUUCGAACAUUUGGACGUCACGAAAAUGCUCUCGUCGAGUACGCCGGUACCCACAAAUAGACCCCCACUGAACUCUUCGGUGCCUGUACCAAACGCGCAACCGUCAAAACCAUACUCGAAAUCACAAAAAGCCAAAGACGAAAUGAAGCUAGCUCACCAGUCAGCUACUGAAAAGCGCUCCGAAAUCGAUGAAGAUGAAGAGAAUCUUGGCUACGCAGAGACUUAUGCGGACUAUGUCCCAGCCAAACUCCGCUCUGGUGUCGCCCAUCCCGAUAGUGUUGUAGAAACGGCUUCACUUAGUAGCGUGGCCCCGCCUGAUGUGAAAUACCAGAUUAGCAUUCCAGAAUAUCUAAUCGAUAAUGGUUCCAUAUCUGCCCUACAACUGGAAGCCGUUAUUUAUGCCUGUCAAAUGCAUCAGCAAAGACUUCCCAGCGGAGAGCGGAUAGGAUAUUUAAUAGGCGAUGGAGCUGGCGUUGGAAAGGGGCGAACCGUGGCAGCGAUAAUUUUCGAGAACUACCUGCUUGGUCGAAAACGGUCUAUAUGGUUGUCUGUAUCUUCCGAUUUAAAGUACGAUGCUGAAAGAGAUUUGCGAGACAUAGGAGCCGGAAAUAUCAUGUGA